GACAAAGAAGUUUCUCUCCUCUCCUCCCCAUCACCAGACGCUCUUAUGGUUAUCAGUAACAUUUCACAACUCUUCAGAUUAAUCGCAGUUGCCACGUAAACAAUGUAUUGUAAUGGAACGACAGACAUGCCACUCUUAACAGCCUCCAAAAUAUAGUCCAAGAAGAAUUUGAAAAGGCUCAGAGCAUGAAGAUUUCAGGAAAUAUGAAACAUGGGAAACACAAUAAGGGGCAUUAUAGCAUUCAUCCCAUCCAACAGUUGCCAGAAUUACCUUUCAGGGGAUUUGAAAGAAAUGCCUAUUGAUAAGAUGGUGGACUUGAGUAGCAUGCAGCUUCGAAGGUUUCCCUUACGUGUCUGUGCUUUUAAAGAGCUGGUGAAGUUGUAUCUCAGUGACAAUAAAUUAAACAGCCUUCCUCCUGAAUUGGAACUCCUUCAGAACCUCCAGAUUCUGGCAUUGGAUUUCAACAACUUCAAGGUCCUGCCUCAAGCUGUGUGCAGUUUAAAGCAACUGUAUAUUCUUUACUUGGGUAACAACAAACUAAGGGACCUUCCACCAGAGAUCCGUCUCCUUAAGAACCUACAGACCCUUUGGAUUGAAUCCAAUUAUCUGACGAAUUUGCCAACAGUUAUAUGUGAGCUGUCUCUUCUCAAAGCCCUUCAUGCUGGCUGCAACCCCAUCCGCUACCUACCCAAAGAGCUGAAAAACCUGAAAGAAUUGCGCAGCAUAUGGAUGUCUGGAAGCCUUCUCAGUGAAUUCCCACCGGUCCUGCUUGAAAUGCCUUUCUUGGAUAUCAUCGAUGUGGACAGAAAUGGUAUCAGGUUUUUCCCAAGUCUUGUUCAUUUAACUAAUUUAAAACUGGUUAUCUAUGACCACAACCCAUGUCAAAAUGCUCCGAAGGUAGCAAAGGGGGUGCGGAGAGUGGGCCGAUGGUCUGAGGAGACCCCAGAACUCAUGAAGAAGUUUGAUGUGGAAACCGAAGUUGAAAAGGCGGUGGAAAUUAAGGAGACACAACCUGCCCCUACUAAAGAGAACACAAAUGAGACCAAUGAAAAGCCAGUGGAUGUAACUACUGAACUGAAUUAAAUGUCAACUCUUGCUGUCAAGGUGACUUAUUGUAAACCCCCAUAUUGGAGAAACAAUUGAAGACUGCGUUCCCACUGCUGGUGUGCGUGUUGGGUGCAACUGGAUUGGCUGAAGGACAAUAAAUACAUUUAACAGGUGUACAAAACAGUUAUAAUUCUUUUCUUUCUGGGGAGAGAGGGCUUGUCAGGGAUGUUCAAUAAAAUGUGAAUUGUCAGGAAGUUGUAAAGUAAAUUUAAACAUUUAGGCUACAAUUAGAGAACUGGAAACAUCAAUUACAUUGAUUUAUUCCCCCCCCCCCAGAGUUUUGCUAUUUUUCCCUAAAACUUGAAUCCUUGACAAUUCACAAUUUAGUCAAUAACCCUGUUUAAAAAAAGUGUAUAAUUCUUAAAGGAAAAUUGUAAUCAUUGUCAUUAUUAUUCAAAGCUCAAUAUUAAAUAUAGUAUACCCUCUGUCUAUAUAAUUUUUGGAAUGUAUGUUUACAAGUAAAUGCCUGUUUUUUAGGAUUUGGUCAGAUAAGUAGUGCUUUCAAUCAAGGAGGACUAAAAGAUCGCUGCUUAACAAAUAGGGUUAGCCAUGUGAUUAAAUUACAAUAGGCUAUAAUGCAUAUUAUUGUUUAUGUUCAAUAUUAGUAAUUUAAUGGGAAAAAAAUAUGACUGCUUUCCUUUAAGAUUGUACGUAGCAUCCAACCCUUAUUUAUUUGUCACUGGAAUCUCAGUGAGACCAAAAGCAAAUUAAUAAUGGACACUGGGCUAGCAAAGGCCGCAAUGUGAUACUAUCCAGGCAUCACUAGAGGGUGAGGCCUGAGAACAUAUCUAAGAAUUUGCUUCACAGAGAAUCCACCUUAUAUCACCACUGGAGGAGUGGGGGGAAUUGGGUGUAGGGGGGAGAAGCUCAUGGAAGGUUGUGCGAUCAGACAUCAAAAUAGGUGAGAUAUCCAAAAGAGCUGUGACAAAUUAAAAUGUGAGAGGGAAUGUGACUGACAGGGAUAAGUUGGGAGGAUAGGCGUAUAGGGUCCAUAUGGUUGUGGGAGGACGGUUUAUGGAUUUCCAUCAGGAGUAUGGCUUGUCAAGAUAUAAAAUAGCAUGACAAGCUACAGAAAGAUGGUGGAGAGAGACACAAGGUCCUAAAACAACAUUGGGAUCAUCACGAAGAUGAGAGUAGUAGGCACAAAAUGGGUUAAAAAAAAAAAUAAUUUUAAGAGGGUGUGGAACAAAUUGUUCUAAUCCAUACAAAUAAAUAAAAUGGUGCAUAGAUGAUACACUAGGAAGGUAAAGAUAGUUACAAAAAAAAUGUAAUUUCAUAUAUGAUCUACAUAUUAAUUCUAAACAGCAAUUUUUAAAAUGUCACUAUAAAAUAUUUAUUGACAUUUAUCGCAGAUAUAAAUUCAUUAAAAUAUGUUGAAGUAUGAUCAAACCAAGCUUUAUUCAUAAUUUUAUCAAAUUAACACUCUGCUGACUUCCCUUCUGCACAUUUGUGUUCCAAAAACGUAAUAUAAAAACAAAAACAAAAAAACUUAAAAUACCCCAGUGUGAAAAUAUAUACAAACACACACAACCAAUCAUUAACCUCCAAUUCAUGUACAUUGUAUUAUUACUGUAUUAAUGAUAAUUUGGGGUUUUGCCAAAAAUAACUUAUUUGGUUAAAAAAUAAAUAAAAAAAAUCUAUUUCAUCUAUGCCACAAUUCGACUAUCUUACUCUAAAUUCUGCAGUUUGGUUUUCUCUUCAUCACAACGCACGUGUUUUUAGUGACCUAACCUUAUUAUGUUUACGUAAAGGAUUUAAAUGUAUAUUGGAACUUUCGCCAGCUUCCAAAUAAUCUAGUACUUAAUGAGCACCAUAAAACAAAUGAGUCCCAAGUCCUUUCUGUAAUACAUGUUUUAGUGUUGAUCCCUAAAAGGGACAGGGUUAAUUUUCUGGUGACAUCCAUAAAAUCUUUGUAAUGUACUGGAAGACAAAGAAGGAAGACUCUGCAUGAAUGCCACUGGAACAUAACUACAUCCCGCCACUAGAGGUCAGCAAGCAUAUCACAGCUCCUUAUGACAGAAUUUUGGAAACUGAAGCUUACAAAUAAAUAAAUGGCAGCCUCCACUACUGGGAAA